GUUGUUAAAUUUUUCACAUCCCCUAAUUGAUUACUUAGUUUUUGGACGCACUGGGCUAAAAAAUAUAUUUUCGCCACUAAACAAUGGAAGCCCUGGUGAACUAUAGUAGCGAGGACGACCAGGAAGAUGCGGGCUACCAGAUACGGGCACCACAACAACAACAACAACAACUGCAGCAGCAGCCGCAUGCCAAGACACCAACAACAACAACCACUAGUAACUUCCUAAGGCAGAGGAACAACAAUAACAAUGACUACAACUACAACAACAGUCCAAGGGAGAAGGAAAGGGAGAGAGAGCCAGAGCGGGAGCGGGAGAGGGAGAAAACGCGUCGACGCCACCACACUCCCACUCCCCCGCUGCCGACGUCGCAGCAGCAGCAGCAGGCGCAGCAGAAUCACAGGAGCAACAGCAGAGGCCGCAUUGAUGAGGAUGAGGAGCCGCAGCCCAGCAGUCGCCACCGCCAGGAGCGGGACAAGGACAGAGAACGGGAGCGGGACCGCGAUCGCGGGCAGGACAGGGAUAAGGAUAAGGGCAAGGAAAAGGAUCGCGAGCGGGAGCGGGAGAAGCGCGAUUCAGAACGCAGUCGCGACAAAGGACGCGACAAGGAUCACAGCAAGGGCGAUCAUCGCCACCAUCGUACCAAAGACGGCAACAGCCACAGGGAGCGGGAAAGGGAACGCGACCGGGAGCGGGAAAGGGGGCGAGAUCGCGACAUGGACCGCGAGCGCAGGCGUUCGGAGAAGAGCGGUCGCCACCGCAGCGGCAAGGAGCGCCACCAUCAUCACAACAACUCCGCCUCCUCGUCAGCCGCCGCCACUGCAGCGGUCAAUGCAGCAGGGCGUCGCUCCUAUGAUGACCGCAGUGGUCGUCGUCGCCGAGAUUCACGGUCCCGUUCCCGCACGCCCACGGGCACGCCACCCACACGUCGCCGCCAGCAGCCGCAGCAGUCCCGCAAAUAUCGCGAACGCGAGUCGAGCAGUCGCUCCAGAUCUCCCAAGGAAGACCCAUCUGUGGCGCUUCGCACUGCAGCAGGGGCUGGAGCUCAUCUGCUGCUGGGGAAAUCCGUCAGCGGGGUAGGAGGAUCGUCGGCUUCCACAGCCAUAGCAGCAGCAUCUGCAGCCAUUGUAGCAGCCGGUGGAGGUGGAGUAGGCGGUGGCCUCCUGCCGACACCCAACUACGCGCCUAAGAUACCCUCGCUGAUGUCCCUGGAACUCAACACGCCAGCGGUAGCAGCUCCAGCCCUAGAACCCCCCAUCCAGCUGCCCAGCUACUACAACCCGGGCAUCAUCAAUGCCAACCGCUAUGCAGAGCAGCAGCAGAAGCGCAAGCUACUGUGGGGCUCAAAGAAAGCCGAGGACUCGGCGAACAAGUGGGGCAACGCCCACUUCUCGCAGGACUCGGACGGCAAGGUGGCCUCCAAGUUUAUGCGGCUCAUGGGCAUCAAGAAUGCCGGAUCGUCCGGAGAUGGCGAGGCCAGUGGUGGUGGCCCCGAUCAUGCAGAGGUUAGCAACGGCAGUGCAGCCGGCGAUGGAACUGGUGGCGGAGGAGCCGCAGUGCGGGGCGAAAGUGGAGUGAAAGUGCCCACUGAUGUGCAGCAGCGACAGCGCAUGUUCUCCAACAUGGAGCAGCAGUACGAGAUGGCGCGAGCCGCCACACACACGAUGCGCGGCGUGGGCCUCGGUUUUGGCUCCCAGCCGCGUACUUUCUAGAGGGGAUCGGCGAAGAACGGGCCCCGAAACCAGGCUGUAAAUACCAUGCCACCCACUCAACUCAUUAGUCAUGUCAAGAUGUUUCUCCUCAACCACUUUUUGUUUGUGUUGAGCAAAUGUUUCUUUGAUUUCAAAUAAACGUUGCAACCGAAUUUA